AUGCCGACCCAGGCGAUGUCCCCCCGCGAGCAGUGCACAGGCUGCCACUUUCCUAUAGAGGACAGAUACCUUCUCAAGGUGAUGAACGAUUCCUGGCACGAGAGCUGCCUUCAGUGCGCGCUUUGUCGCGUGCCGCUGACCGGAUCUUGUUUCUCACGUGACCGGAAGCUAUAUUGUAAAGACGACUACAACAAACUCUACGGAACCAAGUGCACGGGGUGCCACCAACACGUCGCUCCCAAUGAUCUGGUGAUGCGGGCCGCCAGCCUGGUGUACCACUUAGACUGCUUCUGCUGCAUCGUCUGUGGGCAGCGGCUCCAGAAGGGCGAUGAGUUUGUUCUGAGAGAUGGGCAGCUCUUCUGUCGCAUCGACUUCGAGAAGGAGUUCAGCUUCCUGCCUCUCAGCCCUAAAAGUGAUACUAGUGACUGUUGUUAUGACGACGGCGAUGGCGGCGACCUCGGAAACAGUAAAGGUCCCAAAAGGCCAAGGACGAUUUUAACAACGAGUCAAAGGCGAAAGUUCAAGGCUUCGUUUGAGGUCAACCCCAAACCAUGCAGAAAAGUGAGAGAGUCCCUGGCAGCAGAGACCGGUCUCAGCGUCCGGGUGGUCCAGGUGUGGUUUCAAAACCAGAGAGCCAAGGUGAAGAAAAUAGCUCGCAAGCAGAACCAGGAAACGAACAACAACAACAGCAACAGCAAAGACAACAGCGACAGCAACAGCAGCAAAAAGUCCUCAAAGUCCCAAAAGAAGAAGAAGGAAGAGGAAAGCGACUCCUCCGACUGCGGGGGAGAUCACACCAGUAGCGAUGAACCCCUGUCUGCAGAGACCAGCUCAUGGCAUUUAUUUACUAGUCAAGACAUCGGAGACACAAUGUAUCCUGACACCCCCAUAGGCAUGGAUGAUGGAAUGGACCACUUUGAGCACGUGCUGAUGUCAGAGGCCGGGGGUCACCACCAUCCUGGGAUCAUGUCCGUUGGAGGGAUCAUCAACCCAAUAGACAAGUUGUACUCAAUGCAGAGUUCCUACUUCAGCUCCGAAUAG